AUGGCGUCUUUUCGACCUCAGAUAGCGAAGAUGGAGCCGGGGCGAAGAUCGAGCGGCCAUCGAGGUCGAGGGGCCCUUAUAAGAGGCGUCUGGCCGCCGCGAGCUGGUGAAUCGUCGUUGCGCACCGCAGUGAAGCAGGCGAAGUCGUUUGGAACCAUGGCAGACCCGACGGCAAAGCUGCGCAGCUACGAAGCUGAGGCAGCCAACGAGCACCAUGAGGAGGAGUAUCACACCAGCGAGUCGCGCCGCCAGAUCGGCCUCGUCUCUGCCGUCUUCCUCAUCUUCAACCGCAUGGUAGGCACCGGCAUCUUCGCGACGCCCAGCGCCAUCUUCGCCCUCUCCGGCAGCGUCGGCCUCUCGCUGCUCAUCUGGGUCGCCGGCAUGCUCAUCGCGGGCGCUGGCAUGGCCGUCUACCUCGAGUUCGGCACCGCGCUGCCUCGCAACGGCGGCGAGAAGAACUAUCUCGAGUUCGUCUUCCGCCGCCCGCGCUUCCUGGUGACGGGCCUCUACGCCGGCUACGUCGUGCUCCUGGGCUGGGCUGGCUCGAACUCGGUCAUCUUUGGCGAAUACAUCCUCCACGCCGCGCAGGUCGAGGUCGACCGCUGGAACCAGCGCGGCGUCGGCCUGGCCUGCAUCACGGCGGCCUUCCUCAUCCACGGCCUCGCGCUGCAGUGGGGGCUGCGGCUGCAGAACCUGCUGGGCGUCAUCAAGCUGCUCGUCAUCCUGCUCAUCGUCUUCUCGGGCUUUGCGGCGCUGGGCGGCGCCCUCAGGAUCGACAAGCCAGACAACUUCAGCAACGCCUUCGAGGGCACCACCGGCAGCGCUUACGGUGUCGUCACGGCCCUGUACAGCUCGAUCUGGAGCUAUAUCGGCUACAGCAACGCCAACUACGCUCUCAGCGAGACCAAGAACCCCGUCCGGACGCUGAAGAUCGCCGGGCCGCUGGCUCUCGGGACCGUGGCUGCUCUAUACAUGCUGGCCAACAUUGCCUACUUUGCCGCAGUGCCCAAGGACCAGAUUGUCUCCUCGGGCCGCAUCCUGGCGGCCUCAUUCUUCCGCAACAUGUUCGGAGAGCAGGCUGAAAGAGCGCUCUCCGUCCUCGUUGCCCUCUCAGCCUUUGGCAAUGUCCUCAGCGUCAUCUUCUCCCAGGGCCGCCUCGUCCAGGAACUAGGCCGUGAAGGCAUCCUGCCGUUCUCCAGGUUCUGGGCGAGCAACAGGCCCAGAAACGCUCCCCUGGCAGGUCUUUUCGCUCACUGGCUCGUUUCCGUCGUAAUCAUGCUAGCUCCUCCGCCAGGCGAUGCCUACAACUUCAUUCUCAACGUCAUCUCCUACCCCCUGGCAGUCGUCAACGUCUUUGUUGCAGGGGGCCUUAUACACCUAUACCUACACCGCGAGUCCUACCAGUGGGCUCCGCCCUUCAGCGCCACUCUGCCCAUAGUUACAUUCUUCCUUCUGAGUAAUAUCUACCUCACCGUCGCCCCCUUUGUUCCCCCUACGGAAGGGCAGAAUGUGUACAAAUCGCUGCCGUACUACCUCCACUGCAUAGUCGGAGUCUCAAUCAUCGCAGCCGGCGGUGUCUAUUGGCUUGUCUGGGCACGCCUGCUCCCCUGGCUCCGAGGCUACACGCUCGAAUGCGAAGUCAUCACUCAGCAAGAUGGCUGGUCCCGAAGACGGUUCUACCAUAAGCAGUAA